CCGGGCUGCCGGACGUCCGGGGACGUCUAAGGAACGGGUGUCUAAGAAACGCUCUGGGGGGCAGCCGCACCUGGCGAUGACCGCCGACGGCGACUCGCAGGACGAGGCGCCAGCCCCAGCGCCAGGCGACUCGCAGGCCGAGGCCAUGGAUGAGGCCAUGGAUGAGACGAGGCGGUCCGAUGCCCCCGUGGACGAGCGCGGCGGCCGAUACAAAUACGGCUCGAUCUACUUCGAGGAGUCGCGCAUCAAAUGCAAGUACAUGCUCUGCAACAACAACGCGCCCGGCGCCUGCACGCCGGAGGAGGUCCUCGCGGAGUUCGUCGACGCCUUCGGGCUAGAGUUGCCGUCCAUGUGCUUUCGCGGCCUGGGCGCGAACGGCUGGUGGGAGAGCGGCUUCUCUACGCUGGAUUUCCAGGCGCAGCUCGACUCCGUUGCGGGACAGGUCCGGUCCCGGUCCUCCCAGGAAGAAUCCGACCAGCGGCUCAUGUCGCUGUCGGACGAGCGCGCGCGGGCGGCGCUCGCGGCGUGGGGGACGCUGACAAUGCUCGACAAGAACAUCGUCGACAACAAGGUACUACAGAUGAACCUGACGAAAAGCGAGGAAGUGGCGCACGCGCUGUUCACCUAUAACAGCGCCGGGGUGGAGUUCAUACGCGCCUUGAACCAUUACAGCUACGCCAUCAAGAAAUCGUGGUUCAAGCGCAGGGCCCCCAAACAAGAUCCACUAAAAGCCCUGGAUAACAAAGUUCUGGCAACGACAUUUGACCGCGAAAUAGCCCUGACGCGCACGGGCUUGUGGGAGUUCGAAGAGGUCAGCAAAGAGUUCGAAGAGCUGGGCGAUGACACUGUAAAGAUGCCGAAAACGGCGCAUGAGCUCGUGGCCUGGUGCUUCGAGAGGGACCCUGGGCAAGAAGAAAUGAAAGCGAAAAACUUCCUGCUCAAGGAACACAAACUCGUCCGGGAAACUGGGCGAUUCCUGGGCGAUCCUGUGCGCACCGCGGAGGGGCUUGCUGCGGAGGCCCUCGCGGCUGAGGCUUAUGCGGGCGGGCAUGGUAGGGAUGGGAGAUCAGCCGAAGCCCCGGCGCCUGCCGCAGAUGAGGUUCUGUCAGUGCCUGCGUCUGAGGCUGAGGUAAACAGCCCCCUCACCAAAGAUCGCGCGUCGGGCGACUCGAAGAAUCCAUCUGCCGCGCCUGCAACUGACAUCGAUGCGCUCGCGGACCAAGUGUUGGUCGAACUGCAGGGAAAGAAGCGCGAGAUGUACCGCGACCAAUUAGUCCAGAGCAUCAAGGACUUGAAGAAGGCCUGGAAGGACGUCUGCGAGGCCGUGAAGAACGCCGAAAUUACCAAGGAACAAUUUACCCUGGACGCCGAAAAGCUGCUCCGCGAGCGACAGGUGGAACGCGACAAGCGGCUCUACGAUAUCCGGAUGGAAAACUACGCGAGUCGCGGCUCAGCGUUCAUGGGCGCGGUCGUGCAGGCCGCGUACGAGUCGAAGGGCUGGCUCAUCUCGGAGUGGAAUUGCCGGGAAUCGUUCAACAAGUCGCCCGCCAUGUUCGAAAAAGGCAUCCAGCGUUUUUCGCAGCUCAACGACGUCUCAGGUCUGACCUACCUGGGACUGCACACGACGGACCAGUCGCUUACUUCCAAAAGAAAACUCCAAGAGGUCGUGAAAUCCUGGCGCUUCGACGCAGACGGCGACGAACCUCCGAAGAGCUCGAUGAAAACGAUUAUGAAACGUCUGAAGAGCUCGAUGAAAAAGAUUGUGGCCGAGGAGCUAGACGCGCCGGACAAGCGCGGCCCGUUCGAGAUCUGGAGGUAUGGCGAAGACCCGAUCGACCUCUACAGCUACGCGGCCCCGAACUUCCAGGACGCGCGCACCGUCUACACGUACAAAAAGACAAGCACGGCCGUCGACGGCAUGGUGAAAGAGCUUCGGAUGAAGUGGCCGCGGCGCGACUGCGCGAUGCGCCUGCGGAGAGCUCACGGGACGCAGCUGCCCGGCGACAAUAAGGAAGCAGACGACGACCUGGACCAUCUAUGUGAGAUCCUGCGGGCGGAACUCUCGCCGUAUUGCACGCAUAUGAUUUUCUUCCGGCACGAGGCCGACAAGAUCGCCUUCUCGAGGUACCUGUGGCGCCUCCUGCCGCACGCCACAGCUGUCAUGUGCGGCAAGGACAGUAGAGCCUUCGACAAAUCCAUCGAGCGAGCGCAGGGCGGCGGCCAGCUCGUCCUGCUCCGCUCCUCCGGGUUCUGGGUCGACCAAAUGUGUCAGGCGAUCGACGACGCGCGUAAUCGCAGAACGCCCGGCUACAAGAAGCUCUCGACGCUCACGGUGCCCCCAGACGUGCACGACUCGUCGUGGCUGGUCUUCGACGCCCUGCGCGAGGAUGCGAACCACAUCGCCGACCGCAUCACCAAGUGUCUGUCGAUGGCGUCGCGCGAGGAGUCCGCGAUCAUCGGCUUCAACCGGGCCGAGCAGGCCCGGUUGCUGUACGCGUGGCAAUUGGUCCUCACGUACCGCCGCAACUUCGAGCGCCUGAGCGGUUGGGAUCUGGUGCUGAGCUCGAUAACGAUCAUCUGCGCGAUGAUCACCACCUGCACGGGCCUCGUCGCCUACGCGGACCCGGCAUAUUUCCGGGGCCGGGGCGACGUCGUCGCCGGCCUGCUCUCGAUCGUCACGGGGUUCCUGCUCGGGGCGCAGCGCUACUUCGAGUUUGGCACGAAGGCCGCCGCGUGCGAGCUGGCGGAGAGUGAGGUAAAGAGCCUAAUAUACCGCUACCGGACGCGGACGGGCGACUUCUCGUACGGUGACGGCGGCGAGAGCCAGCUCAAGGCGUCCCAGGCCGCCUUCAGGGCCGCGCGCGCGGACCGGCAGGCCAAGGAACAGGCCAGGGGACUAGCGUUCACCCGCGCGUUCGAGAAGACGGGCGCGUUCGAUGAAGUUGCAAUGACCACACUCCAGCGGCAGUUCGAAAGCACCGGAAGCGAGGCCGACGCCGCGGCAGACGCGCCCGCCCCGGUGGCGCGGGGCUCGAACGUGCGCGCGGUGCACUUCCAGGAGCAGCUCGUGGCCGCGGAGGCGCGGCUGCGCCAGUCUGAUGUGCGGACGGAGCCCCUCCAGGCCGGUCAGACAUUCGACGAGUACCAGCGGGCGGGCCACAUGUACGACCCGAAACAUAUCCACUGGGUCAAGAAACUAUGCUGCAAUUGGGUCAGGACCCGCAGAUGGUGCAUGUGGAUCACGGGGACGGUUUCCGCCGCCGGGCGGCGCGUCGCGCCGGCCGACGGCGACGCCGACACCGACAUUGUCAAAAUCGACAAGGACUUCUCCGUGCGUCAGGGCGUGAUGAAUAGCCAGGACAGCGAGGACCGGGACGACGGCAUCGGCCUCGUCACGGGCGACGACUACGAGCGGUUCCGCCUCCUGAUGAACCUCAGGACGCUCACGAAAAGCUCGCGCCGCUACGGACAAAUCCAACAGACCCUGGAGCUCGCGCGGCUCCUGUGCAUGGGCGCCGCGACGGGCGCGUCGCUGUUCGGCCACCCGGAGUACGUCGUGGUCGCGCUCGCCGUCGUCGGGGGUCUGUCCGCGUUCGCGACGCUGCUGGGCGGCCAGCAGCGCGUGGCGAUGCUCAUAUCGACGAUAUCGGAACUGCACCGCAUCCGCAUCUGGUGGUACAGCCUCUCGACGGUCGAGCGACGCCUGCUGCAACACCGGGAGCGCCUCGUCCAGGACACGGAGAGCGUGCUGCUGACGCUCGCCGGGGCCUGGGCGGCCGCGUCGAUCAAACGCGCCCGUGCCGCGCAGGAUCCUGACAAAAAAGAAAACGACGACUUCGCGGCCACGCGACAGAGACGGCCAGAGGGGGCCUGAAUUUUGUGCUAAGUUGUCUAGUGACUCAA